AUGAAAAGUCAACAACAAGCUAAUCGAACAAAUAGUAAGAAUGGUCAUCGUCGUUCUAGUUCACGUCAUAAUAGUAGUACUAAUGUAGGUACAACCAUAGCUUCAACUUCACCACAAACAGAUCUCGGGGAGUUAGGUGAUGAUAGAUUAAUUUUCUUAAUGGCUAAAUCAAUUGGUAAAACAAUUAUAGUUACAACUACUGAUGGAUCAAGAUAUCAAGGACUUUUAGUUGCUACUGAUUUAUCUGAAUCAUCUGCUUUAUCAGUUGUUUUGAAAAAGCCUACUUUAGUAAGUAAAAUUAAUGAAAAAAAUAAUCUUGAUAAAUUACCUGAAAAUUUAAUUAUUCAAUCAAAAGAUUUAAUUGAUUUUGAAAUUACUGUUAGCAUAAAUGAUCCAAUUAAACAACACCAAAAGGAAUUUAAAACUGAUUCUGAUAUUUCUAAAAAAUCAUAUGAAGAAAGAGAUUUAGUCAAGUGGGAACCUGAAGAAGGUGAAGAAUUAGAAAAAUUAUCAUUAGAAGAUACACUGGGACCAUGGGAUCAAUUUAAAGUUAAUCAAGAAAAAUUUGGUGUUGAAAGUACUUUUGAUGAACAUAUAUAUACAACAAGAAUUGAUAAAUCUGCACCUGAUUAUCAUGAAAGAGUUGCAAAAGCAAAUAAAAUUGCUGAUGAAAUUGAAAAACAAUUUACUAAUGAUCGUCAUAUUUUAGAAGAAAGAGGUAUACAAGUUGAUGAUAGUGGUAUGGAUGAAGAAGAUAAAUAUUCAGGAGUUGAUAGAAGAGGUGAUGAAUUAAUGGCUGCUUUAAAAUUAAAUAAUAAACAACAAUCAACUCAACCACUCCCAACAGAUUCAACAAAAUAUACAACUCCUCGUCAAAGAGCUGCUCAAUAUCAUAAUGAUCCUGCAAUUAUAUCAAGUUCUGCAACAACAAAAAAGAAACCUGAUUCCAUUCCAGCAAAACCAAUUAUACCAAAUGAAUCAUUUAGAUUAAAUGCUCAAAGUGAAAUUAACUCAUUAAGAGAAUUUAGUGCAAAUUUUAAAAUUCCUCAUAAAAUGCCAAAAGAUUUAUUACCAAUAUUAUCGAAAGAUAAAUUAAAACAAGAUGAAAUUUUAAUGAAACAGGAAACUAAAAAGGAAGAAGAGAAAAAGAGUACUCCUGCAUCCCCAACAAAAAAACCAUCCAAAUUCAAAUUAAAUCCAAAUGCAGCUGCUUUUACACCAUCUAUUAAACCUGCUAAUUUAACAUCACCACCAAGAAAUAAUAUACCUUUCCAAUCACCAAGACCUGGAAAUAGUCGACCAUAUUCUUCAAAUGGAAGUAUAUCAUCCCAAAAUUCAAAUAAAAGACAUCAUCAAAUUACUCCACAAAUGUUUUUUGGUGGUUUGCAAAAUGUACCAACAAAAGAAAAACAAGAUGAAAAAAUUAAAAUUUUCAGAACUGAAUUUAAUUUAUUCACCACAAUCAAGAAAAAAUCACCAGACGGUGCAAUAGUGAUAUAUGAAAAAUCUUAUCAAACUCCUCCUACAUGGGAUUCAACAAUUGAAGAACCUUAUCAAUCAAUGUUUCCAAGACCACCCAUUUAUAAAUCCCCUACAUUUAUACCAAAUCCAAUAAUACCUACUGGUGCUGCACCAUUACCAUAUAAUUUUCAAAUGGCUCCACAACCUCAAUUUCCUCAACCAAUGUGGUUUAUGCCUCCUCCUCAAAGUUUUAAUAUGAUGCAAAAUCCUUAUCAAAAUAAUCAACAGAGGAGAUAUCAGUAA